AUGGCCGCCAUUAAAGACCCAACGAUUCGUGAAAAAAUUGAACGCCAAGCCAAUCCUAUCAACGAAGGCGAAGUUCGGAGUAAAACCGGAGUUGAGGUUGCUGAAGCAUUUCACACCGUAUUUAAGGAAAGGCGACCCCAAAAGUUGUGGGUCGAUAAAGGAAAAGAGUUCUACAAUAAAAACGUGAUGGCAUUGGGAGUCGAGUUGUAUUCCACAGAAAACGAAGAGAAAAGUUCCGUGGUAGAGCGGUGGAACGGAACAAUGAAGGAAAGAAUGUUCAAAUACUUUUCAGCCAACUCUACCAGAAAAUAUGUCGAUGUCUUAGAUGACAUGGUCAAUGCUUAUAACAACACAAAGCAUUCAUCCAUCAAAAUGACGCCCGUUGAUGCUAGUGAUAAAAAGAACGAAAGCGCUGUCUGGUUCAAUCUGUACUCCAAACGCCAUCAGCAGUACGGUAAGCCACUAUUUAAAGUCGGCGAUAAGCUGGCCACGGGGGAAAAUCUGGCCACUGGGUCUCGUGUAAUUUUGGAAAAUAUCUUGCCACCAUAA